AUGAAGGACCGAGUACCACAAACGCUUAGCUCUGAAAAGGAAACUCUUGUGACUAACAAAGUCCACCUACCUUUAACAAUAAUUUUUAUUUACGUUUUAGUGUCGCACUCAGUCGUUUUCGCUGGUAUUAUAGCUCUCUGGCUUUCAGUGGUCGUUGUGGUUGUGGUGAUGGUGAAGUACUGCCUCCAAGAGUUAUUAGAUUUGAAGCUUGCAGCUUUAAAUGACUGGUAUUUGUCAGAAAAAAUAUCUUCAAGAACUUACCUCUUAUCUGUAUAUGAAAGAAUUGUUUUUACUUGGGUUGCCUAUCAGAGCGUGGAAGCAAAUUAUUUUCCCGAUCUUCCUAAUAUUGAUCUUUCUAAGCAUAAAAGGCCCUGUCUAGUGGAACUUUUUAAGUUAGCAGCUUUUGAUAUUGAUAAAUUAUUGGAAAUUGGUUCUUUUGAAUAUAAGCACCUCUUGCAGUCGGAAGAAGUUUUAGAUAAGUCUACCACAUUUACUUACAACUCCGCCAUUACUAAACUAAGAGAUCUUAACCUAAAGCUGUCCGAAACCUUAUUGGAACAAGAACUUAGAAGUGCCAAACAGAAUUCAGACUUUUUGCCAAGCCUCAAUAACACGGAAAGGGUUUUCAUAGAGCGAAAUGAAGAAGCCACCGCUGAAUUCCGCCGUAAAGUAGGCGAGUUGCUGAUGGAGCAUGAAAACAUCUUUUUUAAUCGUUACUUGAUUUUUUACUACCUCUGUGGUUUGGCCUUGGAAACUUCUUUCGCUGCCGACCAACUGCAUCUUGGAAUAAAACAGUUAUACUCGGUGUUACUGGAGCAGUCAAAGUACGCUAAAGUCAUUGACGUCUACCGACGCUUGGAUAGCGCUAUGAUGGGACCCUUUGGGGAGGAUCGCUCUGCGGCUAUCACGGAGUGCGUUUGCACACUUUCCUCGUUCAAUCUUCCCGCGUUUAUACCCUCGUCGCAGCUCUACACGAUCUUACUGGAAGUAUUUCAAGAACGACCCUUUGACCAACCACGUUUCACUUCAGCCCUUUUCAGAUUCUACUUGUGCAAGAGUUCGGAGUUAAGUGAAAGCCAAGUGGAACUAACACUCCUUCUCUUCUUGACCAACAACCAGUUCGCUGAGGCACUGCGAUUCUUGCGACGCCGCUCAGGCGCUGACGAUAAAGUUAGGCAUCUUUAUAAGUCUUUUUUCUGCUUUGGAUUCAGCUUGCCCGCCGAAAGUUUUUACGAGUUGAUAGAGUUGCCUCUGACCUCCUUGGAGGAAGAACUGGCCUUAUCGCUACUCGCAGAAUUUAGAACUCCGUUAUUUCGCGAUUCGUUCGUCGUGAAAUUUGCCAGGCGAGGUGAUUUUAAAAAAGCGCUGCAACUUGUUUCUGAGACUUCAGAUCUUCCUGUCAACCGUAGACUGGCUUAUAUAUUGGAGAUCUGUUCUAGUCUAGGGGAAGCAUCCACUUUAACUUCCCUUGGGAGCCUGCUGAGUGAAGUCAGCAGAGCGCAACCGUAACUAGACAGCUUCUGAGAGCUUCGCCUUAUUGGAUGCUCUGCAUCUGCAAAAAAAUUAGUAAUAUAAAAUUCUGGAGAAGUACUUGUUAAACUUCUACCUUUCUGGGGAGGAGAUGAAGAUUUUUUUAUAAUAAUUGUGUUAUAAGUGCUUGCCCUCUAAUAGAGCCUCGCAAUAUGUUGUCUGCAGCAGUUUCCUUGAUGAAUUUUUUAUUUUUUGACUGUUACUAUUUGUCUUGUGCAUAACUUGUAUAUCUCUAUGUACUAUUAAGACAUGUCUGCUUGCUAAGCCGUUAAAGCGCACUUCUUUUUUGCGCACCACCUGGCAUAGACCCUGUGCUUAGAUGCAGGCUAGCAUCUAAGUUAGUGCAUUCCUUACAGUUGCUUAUAAGCGUAAUCAUGAAGGUCCGAGUUAAAAAGGAUAAGUUGGAUUCUGGAGUUCAUUAUACGUACAAGCAAUAUUAAGAUGGGUUUUUGCCUCUGUAGAGCUUCUGAACUGUUGUUCUUUUAGCCUUUGACUUCAUAACUUGCCGUCAAUAACAAAAAAUUUACGAUAUUUACUGCCUUUUACAUUUUCAACUGCGACUUGAUUUUGUUAUAUGGAAGGUUUCUCGCACAUUCGUAAUACACCAAACACCAAAAAAAAAUUAUUUGUUAACUUUUUUACUUCGUUAACGUGUAACC